AUGUCAUUUUUGUAUAUUAUUCGAUAGGCAAAUAAUAAGCAAGUAAAAGAAAAAGGAACUAUAAGUGUAAAAUAUAAAUCUAUAGCUGCACCAUAAAAACCAUAAAAAUAAAUAAAUAGCUUAACAGAUAUAAAAAUGUUUUAAAACUAUUUAGAAUAUAAGCAACGAUUUAAGCAGAUAAACUAAAGUCCUAGUAGCAGCGAGGAAUAUGAUUUAUGCAUAAAUUCUAGUAAUACUAGUGUCUCAAUAUUUGUCUUGAUGAUAAUAUCAGUAGUUCUCAUUUCAACCUUUUCAUUUUCUGCUAUUCUCUUUUUAUAUAAAUAGAGGUAUAAAUACCCUAUUGCUGAAAGAUCUUAUAUGCUUAGUAUGCUUAUGUGCAUAUCAUUUUUCGGUUUGUCAAUGUACUAUCCUACAGUGUAUAUUCUAAUUCAUGAAUCUACAAUAAAUGAAGAUAUUUUGUAUGUUUUGAAAUGGAUAUAUAUUUGGAGCAUGUUCUCACUCUAUUUUGGUUAUUUUGCAAGAUCAUUAAGAAUUUAUUCUGCUUUUACUAAUUUAUUUACUUGCUGUAUUGAUAGUUAACAUCUUGAGGAUUCGCUGAUUAGACCAAACUCUACUUUUCAGUAUAAACCUCCUUCAAAAAUAGUUAAAUUUUUCGCUAACAUACUAAGAAAUGAACUAUUAGUAACUAUUAUAGUAUUUAUUGUAUCUAUUUUAACAUGCCUACCACUUGUUUGGAAUAGAAAUGGCUACUAUAUUCCAAUUUAAAAUUUUGAUUAUUACAGCUAAGGAAGGGAUAGAGAUUUUGCGACGAUGUUUAUAUAUUUAUCAGUUUCUUUCUUUUUUAUGCUAUAAUUACACUUGUUAAGAAAUGUACCUAAGCACUAUAGAUUUUACUAAGAAUCUCUAUGGAAUCUUGGUACUAAUUGGCUUAAAGCAACUGUUUUAUUUGCAAUAAACGUGAGUAGAUAUGAUGAUAAAUGGUGUGAUAAUACUUACCUUAUAAAUAUAAUUUUAGAUUAUUUUUAAUAUCUUUUCAUGAUAAUAGUAUCUGUAAUUCCAGCAUUGUUUAGAUCUAUGUAUAUAGCAGAAAAAACCCCAUAUCCAAUUUUAGAUAAAUUUUAUGAUUUUAUUGAAGAUGAAGGAGAUCACAAUAAAAUGUAUUGCAACAUUUCUUUUAUCUAUUUUUUGAAUUAAAAAGAUUAGCAAAUCAAUAAACAAACAGCACAAUAAUAAAGAAUGAACUUAAAUAUAUAUGAUUUUUAUAAGAGAUUCAAAACAAUUUAAAUUUAGAUUGAUUCCAGCAAAUAAAAUUAAAAGCUAUAUGAGCUAUCUAACGAAUUCAUACUUAAUCCUUCUCAUCAAAUCAAGAGAUUGAUUUUACCAUAAGGAUAAGCAGCUACCUAAUUAUAAAAUUUCAGAAACAAAUAUGCUAAUUAUGAAUAUAGUCAAGAAAACUAAAAUGAAGAGCUCUUUAUGGAUUUAGAAAAUAUUCUUGGCAUUUGCACCUAAUAUUUGAUUAGAAUGUUUGAGGAAUAUAAACUAUCGAUGGCUUUUAAUUACUUAGUUCACUAUUAUAAAUAAUAAUAGAUUUAUCAAGUUAAUUUGUCUUAUUUCUAGUUAAAUCACAGUAAUUGA